AUGGAAGAAAUGAAUGUUGUUUCUAAUAUGAGGACCAUCAUCCUAAAGCUUCCAUACAAGCUCAGAGAGCAGUGGAGGAACAAGGCCUGUGACCUACAGGAGAAGCAAGGCCAUCGUGCCAUUUUCCCAGACCUUGUGAACUUUAUUGAAAAACAGGUCAAAAUACUCUCUGAUCCACUGUUUGAGCAACGCAUCCAGAGCCUGAAACGCAAGUUCAACAAAAAUGAAAAGUUCCAUAAAGAAUAUACAUCUUUCCUCACAGAUAUGAUUGACAGUGGCUAUGCUGAAUUGGGUCCUGAUCUUACCAACUCACUUAUCGGAGUCCUCAUCAGAUUCAGACAAGAACCGGUUGCCUUGAUGGCAGACAUUAAAGCCAUGUUCCAUCAGGUUAAGGUGUCUGAUAAGCAUGUUGACUACCUGAGAUUCUUAUGGUGGCCUGACGGUGAUAUGCAGCAAGAUCUGACUGAAUAUAGGAUGAAGCCCAUUACAGUUAGCUCAGACUGGAUCCCCUCUCACCCAGAGGAGCUUCAAGACUUUGAGAGAUUCCUCUGAGACCCUCGCUGGAAGACCCCCAAUGCAAGCUGCGGUACUAUUUAUAUUCAGACCAUAGGUUCCUUUGGUGACGCGGGAGCCCAAACAGAGCAGUAUGUAGAAUGGCUGAGAGAACACUGCCAAGCUUUCUUCUAUGAGCUGCCUGUCCGUUUGUUACCAGCCGUCUCUGUUGCUCAAACAGUCUGCUCUUUCAGGAUUAACCGCAGCACACACAACCUUCAGCUGCUCAUUGGUGACAACCUGCUAUUUUUAUGGAACAGAAAACCAGAGGAUGCAUUCUGUAUCGUUGGAAUCACAAUGAUGGACCUCUACCCUGAAGACUCCUGGAAUUUUGUCUUUGGAGACGCUUCUCUUAAUAAGGGUCAUGCAGGAAUGUUGCAGAACAAACCAAAGCAACCUCUGAUGGACAUCACACUCUUCCCAUCCACAGUAGUCUCUUGCUCUGAUCCUGCAAGACGAUGACGCAUGAGAUCGGGCAUAUGUUUGGAAUAAAGCAUUACCAGUGGCUCAGCUGUGUCAUGCAGGGCUCCAACCACCUGGAAGAGUCAGACCCUGGAUCUCGGCCUCAUCUGCUUAUGCAAGCUUCAGGUGUCUCUGGGGUUUAACAUAGCUGAGAGAUACAAUGUAAAAAUAAAAAAAAAGACCUUUGAUCGUGAUGAUAGUUUGAGUGUGUAAGAUACACCAUUAUAAGUCUGUGUUGGCCCUGCGAUGAGGUAGCGACUUGUCCAGGGUGUACCCCGCCUUCCGCCUGUGUGCAGCUGGGAUAAGCUCCAGCACCCCCCGCGAUCCCAUAAGGGACAAGCGGUAGAAAAUGGAUGGAUGGAUGGAAGUCAGUACAGCCUAGUAUGGACCAAUACAUGAGCUGUAUCAAACAUUUUAAUGUUCUGUUAUCAUUGACUCUAUCAAAUCAAAUCAAAUCAACUUUAUUUAUAAAGCAGAGAGGUACUGAUUUAAAAACUAUGGUAUACUGUUAUCCAUCCAUAUAUGAAUAUAUUAAUGUAGACAGUGUGGCUCGGAUGUCAGAGCGGCUGUCCAGCACUUGAGGGUUCCUGGUUCGAAUCCUGCUUCUGCCAUCCUAUCCUUCUGCAAGACACUUCGCCCACCUUGUUCCCAGUGCAGCUCACACCGGUGUAUUAAUGUGAAUUAAUUUGGUGGGGGUCGGAGAGGCCGUAGGCGCAAAUGGGCAGCCACGUUUCCGUCAGUUCACUCCAGGGCAACUAUGGCUAUAAAAAAUAGCUUCCCACUAUCAAUGUGUAAACGUGGAAUGAAUGAAUGAAGGGUUCUCAGUUGUCACUGUAAAGCACUUUGACAGUCUAGAAAAGCA